GCUCCAACGUGCUUCCGGGAGAAGGAGUUGACACCGACUAUCCCGUGAUGCGGCUGGCCAUCGACAUCGUUUUAGGUGUGCUCUGUGGCUUGGCUGGUGGUACCUGGGUCAGAUGCCAUUCCUACACUGCCGGGGUCUUGAAGCGCUGGCGCCUGCGAGAAGCACCGCUGCCGCAGGUGGCAGCCUGGAGCUCGGAUCGGCACGGUGCUGCCGGUGCCCCCAUCACGGCCGAAAUGGAUCAGUGA